AUGAUGACCACAAUGACAGUCUCUGCAGAUCUUUUACCAACAAUUACAAGACAUGAUAUAGAUUGGAUGGAUGAGGAGUCGGUAGUAUAUAUGAGUGACCAGAUUAUAUUGGUCAUUGAUUUCAAUGGCGCAGUUUGGAGAUCAUCAGACUCUGGCACAACAUUCAUCAAUGCCAACCUAUCAGUCCCAAUCAAAUCAUUUGGUGCCAUAAAGAACCAAAUCAUCCUUGAUGGAAUGAAUCAGAACAUGGUCAUGUUCAGAGCUGAGAGUGGAAAGAAUUCUUACUUCUUCAUAUCUUAUGAUGAGGGAGAAACGUUUAUUCAAUCAAACAUUUCAAAGAUCUUUGAUCAGAUCGUUGUGAACCCUUCAAAGUCGGGAUACUUGGUGACGAAAUCGAACAAUGAAGCAUAUUAUUCACCAAACUUUGGCAGGACUUGGACACCGAUCUUUGAGACCUACUCGAUCACAAAUGUCAUCAUCUGGGACCCGAUGAUCAAUCCCUCUCCAGAUACCGGUCUGUACGCGAUGGCACCGAUGCCCAUGGCUGGCGAGACCACCGUCACGCUCAUCUACUCGCCCGAUCUGGGCAAGACAAUCGUCAAGCUGAUCCCCAACGUGCAGGACCUGCAGGCGACCACCAACUACCUCUACGUCAAGGCGUUCGACACCAAGACCAGCGGCGCCACGCUCUACGUGAGGAACAACAUCGAGCCCUACAACAACAACCUCAAGGGUCUGCUCAAGUGCAACUUUGAGCUGCCCGCCAACCAGAUCCCCAAAGACUACGACCUCAUCAACGAUGAGACCGGCUCGAUCUGGGUCGGCAUCCAGUGGAAAACAACACAGAGCUUCGGUGAUGUCUACACGUCCGACUCGUCAGGCAGCCAGUACACCCCGUCCUUGCUGCACGUCAACAAGUUCAACGGCAUUUACGACUUUGACACGUUCGACGGCAUCCCAGGCACCUACGUUGCCAACCAGGUAGUCAACUUCAACGCCGGCGAGGGCAAGCCACUGCAGCUCGUUUCCAUGAUAUCAUAUGAUAAUGGUGGCAGGUGGGUCAAGUUCAAUCCACCAGCUGGUGGCUCGUGCAAGGGCUGCUCCCUUAACUUCAACGGAAACUCUGUGGACCAGGUGCAUCCAUUUUACACCAACGACAAUGUCUUUGGUUUGGCCGUGGCCACUGGAUACAUUGAUAACAAUCUCAACACCAAGAACCCUCUUGCCAGGACCACAACAUGGUUCUCAAGGGACACUGGUGUAAACUGGACAUCAAUCUACGAAGGCCCGUCAGUCUACGAGUUUGGAAACUAUGGCAACGUCCUCUUGCUUGCCAACGCCACUGCCAACACAUUGAAGUUCUCUUUGGACCAAGGAGCUUCCUUUGCAACUGUCCAAUUCACUACUGACGAUCCCACCGAUGUCGAUGACAUCUUGACCGAUCCAUACUCAUCUACUCUCAAGUUUUUGGUGUUGACUCCACAUGUUAUUUACGGUGUUGACUUUGGUCCACUGGGCCUCCGUCAGUGUGGAGACGAUGAUCACGAACUGUUCACCACCCGUCCAAUCAUGGGCGGACAGAUCACCGAGACCAGAAUGGUCAAAGGCGCCAAGUGCUACCAGGCCGACAAUCUGCCUGGCGCUGUCGUCUCCCAGCUGCCAUGUGUCGACGAUGACUUUGAGUGCGAUGUUGGCUACACCGAAGUCUCGACUGACGACCAGCCACUGCUGUGCGCCAUCUCGCAGAGCUACACUCCACCCACCUACCCACCCGAGUACUGCCCACCCAACACCAAGUACCCCAUCAUCAAUGGCUACAGGAAGAUCACUGGCGAUCAGUGCACUGGAGGUGUGGAGAGCUCAUACAUCCAGGAGUUCAGAGACUGUCCGGGCAGUGACAACAACCAGUCCAAGGGAUGGAUUGCCGCCGUCGUCAUCCUGGUGCUGCUGGCCGUCGUCGUGGCCUCAGGCGCCUUCUACCUGUGGAAGCAUCCAGAAACGAGAGUCAAGCUGCUCAAGAAGAUCGGCAUCACCAACGAGCAAAAGUAUUCAACGCUCGGCUACAAACCAAACUCAUUGGCAGACGAUGAGUUUGGCAUUGAGGACGACGACGCUCAGAUUCUUGAUGACAAUGACUUGAACGAUCACUUCUAG